ACCGAAAUAAAACGGCGUUAUGUUAAGGCUUGUGUUCGACGCCGCCGUUACUGUAACCGCGACGUUAGCUUAGAUUGCUUCAACCGGAGAGCAAUAAAACACGUCGUGACACUUCGAAUUUUAUCCCUAACUUAAUGUCGCUUUGUCAAAUGACAGGAUAAUGCGUUAUAUAGCUACUACGGAAAGGCCACUGUUAGCUAUAGCUGUCGAUAUUGAAAUAACGGCUGUCCGAUAAUGGAAUCACGGUGCCGGUUUAUCUCUAGGCAUGGGAUUGAAGCGUCUUGAGCAGCUCCACAGUCAUGUGUGGACCCACAUGUGUCUGCGAAGCCCCCACAACACACUGAGCACACCGCUAAGACAGCCCAGUCCCAUACACUCGUGUUGCUCAGCUGGCUAACCACCCGGCUAUCGGUGCCAUAGGGCUGUUGCUGUUGGCCGUUGCUAGUUAACUCUAACCUACUUGUAUUAGCAACCCCCGCUAACCUACUUGAGCUAACUGCUAGCUUCAUGUGCCAUAUGGUCGCCCCGUAAGCUUUGAUUAGUGUGGUCGAUUCCCAAUUGGAUUUACCAAAGUCUGUUGCCAUAAGCAACUGUCAAAACACUGUAGUAGUGUUAGCUUAGACUGUAUUAGCUACUUGUCAACAUUUGUCUACAAAAAGGUUUGAACUUAAGCUUUUGGGUUGACUACAGCACCUGAGGCCAGAGCUGGACAUUACAGAAGCAGAAGUGAAAGAACUGCCCUUCAAUGGCCAACUCCACCCCUGGCCUUGAUGUACUGUGAUCAAGAAGUGAGCGGACCAGAAAUACUGCAGCUGACUGCCAUGGAGGAAACCCAACUGAAACCUGUUAUCACAGAGCCGAGCCCUGCACCCAGUCCGGCCCCUAGUCCAGCACCCAGCCCAAUACCCAGCCCACUGCUGGACAGAAUCGCUUUGCCUGCUGCAAACCAUUUGGAGCACCUAAAUGUGAACCAGAUGCAGGUGGUAGUACGGCGCUGCUCAAGUCCAAAUGUAACGGAGGAGACGACUUAUUUUAUCCCUCGCAACCCUGUGGUGGAUGCUGGCACCAACACGGACCCACCAGUGGUCUGUUGCCCUUUGCUGCACAGAUUCUGCCCAUGUCCUCCAAGAGGCCUCUUCGCCUCUCUCAUUACCAAAGUUCUUUUGGCAGCUGUUCUCUUCGGAGUGGUUUGGUCUGUCACAGAAGAUGAAUGUCUCCCAGGAGGGAACCUGUUUGGCAUUACAAUACUCUUCAUCUGCGCGCUCAUCGGUGGCAAAUUGGUGUCUCUCAUCCGUCUGCCCAAACUCCCACCAUUCCCACCACUUCUCGGUAUGCUGCUGAUGGGUUUCCUGCUGAGGAACAUCCCUGUUGUAACAGAUGGAGUGUAUAUCAACUACAAAUGGUCUGCGUCACUGAGGAACAUUGCUCUGGCUGUGAUUCUGGCCAGAGCCGGGCUGGGCUUGGAUCCCACGGCUCUGAGGAAACUAAAAUCUGUGUGUAUACGUGUGGCAACUGGGCCCUGCCUUAUCGAGGCUUGCACCGUAGCUCUGGUCUCUCACUUCCUCAUGGGCCUGCCCUGGGUGUGGGGCUUCAUCCUUGGCUUUGUGCUGGGCGCUGUGUCUCCUGCAGUUGUGGUUCCCUCCGUGCUGUUGCUCCAAAAGGAUGGAUAUGGUGUGGAGCAGGGAAUCCCGACCCUGCUGAUGGCUGCAGGCAGCUUUGAUGACAUUUUUGCCAUCACAGGGUUCACCACAUGCGUGGGCAUGGCCUUCGCCACAGGCUCCACUUGGUACAACCUCUUGAGGGGAGGACUGGAGGUGCUUGGAGGGACAGUUGUUGGGAUUCUCCUUGGCUUCCUCAUCCAAUACUUCCCUAGUGUUGACCAGAAAUACAUCGUAAUGAAGCGUUCCUUCUUGGUGCUGGGUCUGUCUGUGUUUGCCGUGUUUGGCAGCAGUGUGGCAGGUUUUCCUGGCUCUGGAGGCCUCUGCACCCUGGUGUUGGCAUUCCUGGCAGGCUAUGGCUGGGGUACAGAUAAGGUACGUGUGGAGGAAGUGGUGGGGUGGGCGUGGGACGUGUUUGAGCCUCUACUCUUCGGACUGAUAGGAGCCGAGAUUCGAGUCUCUGAGUUGGAGGGAAACACUGUUGGUCUGGGUAUAGCCUCUCUGCUCAUUGCUCUGCUGGUUAGAGUGCUGUUCACCUUUGUCUGUGUAUUGUGUGCGGGCUUUAACAUGAAGGAGAAAGUGUUUAUAGCCCUAGCAUGGAUGCCCAAAGCCACAGUGCAGGCAGCUAUAGGCUCCACAGCUCUGGACAUGGCCAGAGGAAAGGAAGGCCAGCAGGAGCUGCAGAAGUACGGCAUGGACGUGCUGACUGUGGCUGUGCUCUCCAUCCUCCUCACAGCCCCUGUAGGAGCUGUUAUCAUAGGGCUCAGUGGACCUUACCUGCUGCAGAAACCCAAGAACUCAGCCUGUGGUGAGCGAGUCAAACCCAAUUUAUCAGCUUUUUUCUUAGGCACUGCAGCAGGAGGCGAAGAUGACAAUGGAACUCCUGUCACCUAUGAAAGUACGCUCUGACAUCACUGUCCAGUGAGAGAGGACAUUUAAAGAGACUCCUCACACCUCAGAUGUUUGAGUUUUCUUUAGCCACCGAGUGUCUCUCUUUGUCUCUCUGUUGGUCGGCUCCUGAUGUUUGGCAUCCCGCUGCAACACAUGAAUCACAUUGUAUUUAUAGCCUCUGGUGGUUUCCAGGCCUCACGCUGCAAACAAAUGACCCCUAUUCCCCUGUCUGCUGUGUCAUGCUGAGUGAACACUGUACAUGUGGCAGUUUUGUUUCUGCUUUCAAAUGCAGAGUUAUUCAAAUAUAAUAGUGUGGAGCUUACAAAUGUUUUACCUCUUUGUAAAAGUGGAAACUGUCCCAGCCCGUCAUGUUCGCUGAAUCCAGUAUUUGUGCUUUUUUAUGAUUAGAUUUCUGUUAACUAUUUGCUGUACUUGAACUUGAAAAGGCAAUGCUGUAUUUUAUUACAAACUAUUUUCUUUGGGUGGCUACACUCCCCUCCAACAGUUUUGGAACAGGGUCAGUUCCUUUAUUUUUGCUGUAGAGUAAUAAUAUUUGGGUUUGACAUUAAAGUGAAUAAAGCUUAAUAUUUAGUUGCAGAUCCUUUGCUUGCAAAAAGGGGAUCAAGCCUGUGACCCACUGAGAUCACCAAACCUUUGCAUUCUUGUUUUGCGAUGCCUCUUUCAGUUGUUGUGUGUUUCUGGGGGGUUACUCCCUUCAGUUUCCUAUUUAGCAGAUAGAAUGCAGCUCUAUAGCGUUGAAGUCUGGAGAUUGACUUGGCCGGUCUAAAACCUUCCACUUCUUGCCCCUGAUGAACUCCUUUAUUGUUCUGGCAGUGUGUUUAGGGUCAUUCUCUUGCUGCAUGAUGGAGGAUCUCCCGAUCAGUUGGGUUGCAUCUUUCUUUAAAUUGGCAGACAAAAUGUUUCUGUAGACUUCUGAGUCUAUGUUACUGCUGUCAUCAUGUGUUCCAUCAUCAGUGAAGAUUAAUGAGGCCGUCCCAGAAGAAGCCAUGAAAGCCCAAGCCAUGACAUCACUUCCACUGUGUUUCACAGAUGACCUUUUAUGUUUGGGAUCAUGAGCAGAUCCUUUUGUUCUCCAAACUUUAGCCUUUCCAUUGCUUUGGUAAAAGUUCAUCUUUGUCUCAUUAGUCCAUAAAACUUUGUCCCAGAAUUUUUGAGGCUCAUUUCUAUACUAUUUGGCAAAUUCCAGCCUGGCCUUCCUAUUCUUGUUGCUAAUCAGUGGUUUGCAUCUUCUGGCGUAUAAUCUGUACUUUUGUAAAUGAAGUCUUCUGUGAACAGUAGAUUGUGAUACCUUCACUCCUGCCCUCUGGAGGUUGGUGCUGAUGUCACUAACUGUUGUUUUAGGGGCUUUCUUUACAGCUCUCAUAAUGUUUCUGUUGUCAACUGCUGCUGUUUUCAUUGGUCUACCUGUUCGAUGUCUGUCACUUGGUACACCAGUGGUUUCUUUCUUCUUCAGGACAUUCUAAAUGGUUGUACUGGUGAUGACCAAUGUUUGUGCAAUGGCUCUGAUUGAUUUUCCAUCUUUUCUCAGCUUCACAAUUGCUGGUUUUUAACUCAUAGACAGCUCUCUGGUUUUCUUGUUGGUUACACCUCUAAAAGGUGCUAUCUUCAAAGUUGUGUAUCAGAUCCAGAUGUAAAUACCUGGAAUUCAAAGCUGGAAUGUUGAUCUCUUGUCUAAUAUUCAUCGUUUGAUGUCAAACCAAAUGUUUUCAGUCAACAGCAAAACACUUGCAAUACUUUUGGAGGGGUGUAUGUAAUUGUACUGAUAGUAGCAAUACUCGAUUAUAAUUGCACUACACAAUAGACAUGAAUUCAAGUGUUUAGAUUUUCUCCACUCAGUGCAUUUUAGCGCUUUAUGUUUGUGUUUUUUUGCGUAUGUUUUUUUCACAUAUAUUAGCUUUAUGUCUUGGUGGUGAGAAAUGUUUUCGUAGUUUUCAUGACUCAGGAUUCAAUCUGAACACUCUAUAAUGCUUUACUUGGGUUCAUACACAAUGCUGCUUAAAAUCCUAUCAACUACUAUGUGCACUAUGUCCGCUUUCAAUGUCAUGAGUUCUCAACAAUCAUCUUGUCCAUAUUCCAAACAUUGCUAAAAACCCAAACUUUUAUAUUUGUGAGCAAAAGUAUUUUUCUUGAUUGUUACUUUAGAUUUCUUUUUUAUUGACAGAAGUAUGCAGUGUAACUUAAAAUGUUUUUGAUUUGUUUGAAUUUAUAUCACCUAAUUUAAAAGGUUUUGCACUAGCAACUAUUUAUGAUGAAUAUAAAGAAUUAAGCAUUUGUUUUUACCAAAUAUUCUUUAAAUAAAUGAUAAAAACACAUCAAGAAUUUCCAUCUCUUUGGCAUAGCUGUGGUGGUAGCAAAUUAUUAUGCAGCACAUCUUCAUACACUUAACUAAGUUUACUAUCUUUCUUCUUUAUGAUAGGUUUGCUGUUAUGUCAUGCUAGCAGUUUAACUCUACAAAGAACAAUGUUGUUCUGUCAGACCGCUUGGUCCAGAAUUAAAUAUCUCAACCACUGUUUGAAA